CAAGAUGGCGCGGCCGGUCCGGGGAGCGCUCGGGGUCCCGCGCUGCUCGCCUUGCCUUCUCCGUCUGUGGCUGCUGCUGCUGCUUCGGUUGGAGCCGGCGACGGCUGUGGCUGACCCGCGGGCGCCCUGCGCGCCCGCCUGCACUUGCGCUGGGGACUCGCUGGACUGCGGCGGGCGCGGGCUGGCGGCGCUGCCCCGGGACCUGCCCUCCUGGACGCGGAGCCUAAACCUUAGUUACAACAAACUCUCUGAGAUAGACCCUGCUGGUUUUGAGGACUUGCCGAAUCUGCAAGAAAUGUACCUCAAUAACAAUGAGUUGACAGCCAUACCAUCCCUGGGUGCUGCUUCAUCACAUGUCAUCUCUCUCUUUCUGCAACACAAUAAGAUCCGCAACGUGGAGGGAAGUCAGCUGAAGGCCUACCAUUCCUUGGAAGUGUUGGAUCUGAGUUCAAACAACAUCACGGAAGUCCGGAGCACCUGCUUUCCACAUGGACUGCCUAUAAAGGAGCUCAACCUGGCAAGCAACCGGAUUGGCACCCUGGAGUCGGGAGCAUUUGAUGGUCUGUCACGGUCGCUGCUAACUCUUCGCCUGAGCAAAAACAGGAUCACACAGCUUCCUGUGAAAGCAUUCAAGUUACCCAGGCUGACACAACUGGACCUCAAUCGGAAUAGGAUUCGGCUGAUAGAGGGCCUCACAUUCCAGGGGCUCGACAGCUUGGAGGUGCUGAAGCUACAGCGAAACAACAUCAGCAAACUAACAGACGGGGCCUUCUGGGGACUGUCCAAGAUGCAUGUGCUGCACUUGGAGUACAACAGCCUGGUGGAAGUGAACAGCGGCUCACUCUACGGCCUCACAGCGCUGCACCAGCUCCACCUCAGCAACAACUCCAUCGCCCGCAUCCAGCGCGACGGCUGGAGCUUCUGCCAGAAGCUGCAUGAGUUGGUCCUGUCCUUCAACAACCUCACACGACUGGACGAGGAGAGCCUGGCCGAGCUGAGCAGCCUAAGCAUCCUGCGCCUCAGCCACAAUUCCAUCAGCCACAUUGCGGAAGGCGCCUUCAAGGGACUCAAGAACUUGCGAGUCUUGGAUCUGGACCAUAACGAGAUUUCAGGCACAAUAGAGGACACGAGUGGUGCCUUCUCGGGGCUGGACAACCUCAGCAAGCUGACUCUGUUUGGAAACAAGAUCAAGUCCGUGGCUAAGAGAGCAUUUUCGGGACUGGAUGGUUUGGAGCACCUGAACCUUGGAGAGAAUGCAAUCAGGUCUGUCCAGUUUGAUGCCUUUGUGAAGAUGAAGAAUCUUAAAGAGCUCCGUAUCAGCAGUGAUAGCUUCUUGUGUGACUGCCAGCUGAAGUGGCUGCCCCCGUGGCUAGUGAGCAGGACACUGCAGGCCUUCGUGACAGCCGCCUGUGCUCACCCAGAGUCGCUGAAGGGCCAGAGCAUCUUCUCUGUGCCACCAGAGAGUUUUGUAUGUGAUGACUUUCCAAAGCCACAGAUCAUCACCCAGCCAGAGACGACCAUGGCUGUGGCAGGCAAGGACAUCCGGUUCACAUGCUCAGCAGCCAGCAGCAGCAGCUCCCCUAUGACCUUUGCCUGGAAGAAGGACAACGAAGUCCUGGUCAAUGCUGACAUGGAGAACUUCGCUCAUGUCCGUGCACAGGAUGGGGAAGUGAUGGAGUACACCACUAUCCUGCACCUCCGUCAGGUCGCUUUUGGGCAUGAGGGCCGCUACCAGUGCGUCAUCACCAACCACUUUGGGUCCACCUACUCUCACAAGGCCAGGCUCACUGUGAAUGUGUUGCCAUCGUUCACCAAAGUGCCCCGCGACACUGCCAUCCGGACUGGCACCACGGCCCGCCUGGAGUGCGCUGCCACUGGCCACCCUAGCCCCCAGAUCGCCUGGCAGAAGGACGGAGGCACAGAUUUCCCUGCCGCUCGCGAGCGCCGCAUGCACGUCAUGCCAGACGACGACGUGUUUUUCAUCACCGACGUGAAACUAGAUGACAUGGGGGUUUACAGCUGUACUGCCCAGAACUCGGCCGGAUCCAUUUCCGCUAACGCCACCCUGACUGUCUUAGAGACCCCGUCCUUGGCGGUGCCCUUGGAAGACCGUAUGGUGUCUGUGGGAGAAACAGUGGCCCUGCAGUGCAAAGCGACUGGGAACCCUGCGCCCCGCAUCACCUGGCUCAAGGGGGACCGCCCGCUGAGCCUCACCGAGCGGCACCACUUCACCCCCGGCAACCAGCUGCUUGUUGUUCAGAACGUGGUGGCGGAGGAUGCGGGUCGGUACACCUGUGAGAUGUCCAAUGCGCUGGGCACGGAGCGCGCACACAGCCAGCUGAGCAUCCUGCUCACCCCGGGCUGCAGGAAGGAUGGGACCACCGUGGGCAUCUUCACCAUCGCCGUGGUGUGCAGCAUCGUUCUGACAUCGCUGGUCUGGGUGUGCAUCAUCUACCAGACCCGGAAGAAGAGUGAGGAGUACAGCGUCACCAACACAGACGAAACCAUCGUGCCGCCAGAUGUUCCAAGCUACCUCUCUUCUCAGGGGACCCUUUCGGACCGACAGGAAACCGUGGUCAGGACUGAGGGUGGCCAUCAGGCCAAUGGGCACAUUGAGAGCAACGGUGUUUGUCCAAGAGACACAAGUCUCUUUCCGGAGGUGGAUGCUCAAGGCGUUACCUGCAGGCAGCCAAAGCUCUGUGCUGGGUAUAGUAAAGAGCCGUGGAAAGUGACGGAGAAGGCCGAUGGGACGCCUGGUCCACAUAAGAUGGAACACAGUGGCCGGGCUGCAUGUAGUGACUGCAACACUGAUGUGGACAGUUACUCCAAGGAGCAAGGCUUCUACCCUCAGCCUGUGCCCAGAGACAGAGCACAGCCAAGUACAGUGAGCGGCCUGGAGCCCAGUCAGAGUGACAGAGAACAUUCUCCACAUCAUCAGUGCAGUGGGACUGUGGAUGGGUCUUGCACUGACUGCGGGGGGUCCCUCUACCCUAGUAACCACGACAGAAUGCCGAUGUCUUUGAAGAAAAAGCCAGUGGCAUCCCGAGAUGCAAAAGGGGAUUCCUCUUGGACUUUAGCAAGGUUGUAUGAACCGGACUCCACAGACCUCCCGCCUGCAUCUUCGUUGACGCUAGGCAAUCCAGAGCUCACGGAGGUCUCCUCGCGUUUUCUUGCAAUCCCUGGUGAAGAGCAGCACCUGCUGGUUUCCAACGGCCACCUCCCCCAGGCUUGCGACUCCAGUCCCGAGUCCACACCGCUGACAGGACAGCUUCCUGGGAAACGGAGGGUGCCAUUGCUGUUGGCACCGAAAAGCUAGGCUUUGUCUACCUCAGCUCUUGUGAUACUAAUCUCUAUGGAAAGAGAGGUAGGAGAGGCUGUGAGGAAGCUUGGGUACAAGCGUCACUGAUCUGUAUAUAGUUUUAACUUCCAUGUGGAGUAUCAGUCGUUCAAAGGACUUGCAUCUGAAGCACAGAAAUGCAAGAGGCUAUUCGUGUACAAAAGGCAGAAAAAGUAUUUGAUACCAUUGUACAUAAGAGUUUUCAGAGAUUUCAUAUAUAUUAUAUAUCUUUUACAGAGGCUAUUUUAAUCUCUAGUGCAUGGUUAACAGAAAAAGACUAUACAAUUUUGACAAUAUUAUUUUUCAUAUCAGGUUGCUGUUUAUUUGGAGGGGGUGGGGAAUAGUUCUGGUGCCUUAAUGCAUGGCUGGAAUUUAUAGAGGUUAAAACCACAUUUGUUCCCAGGAGCUUUUGGUGGAUUGAGAAGGAUGGGAAGUCCCUGGAUUUGUACUACACUUUGUAGGACAGACUCCAGGCUGCUUCAGGAGAUUUCCUGUGUCCUAUCGGGACUGCUUGUGUGCGGUGCUCCUGCAGCAUGCCUGCCUGCAGAUGCUGUUCACUCCUGCAGGGAGUGCUUUUUUCUUGAGGUUUAAGUUCUGUCUUUUAGGAGUAGAAGGAGGGCUGUCAAAUCCACCACAAGCAACUGGUCAGAACAAGUAAGCACUGCCUUUCUUCCUUCUUUGAAGCUCAUUUUAGGAUAAAAGCAAAUGUGGUCUUCUCAGUAUCAUUUGUUAUUUGAGUCUUUUUGUUAAGGUAAAGGCUGCUGGUGUUGGUACCUGUGGAUUUUUCAAUAGUGAUGUUUUAGUUCUGCCAAUAUAAUUAAUAUUACAUUGGCCCUGGGGAAUAAAAAGGAUCAAGUUCUUUUCAGGGCUAGCUUAUUUCUACUGAGGAGCCAGAGCAGGCCUGUCCACACCAUUCUCUUCCACAGAUGGAACUGGGCUUGGACUGUACGAGUUGUAGCCCAUGACCUGGGUUCUGGGUAUGUUUGCACUUUUGAGACCGGUAGCUAAUCAUCUUGUGAGUGCCAAUGUGUAAUUCAGUAAAAGUUACAUAGAAACAAAUAAGGUCCUUAAAAUCUCAGAAAGCAAGUUCCUUUGGUCAAAAGCUGAAGGGGGCGGUAUUGACAAAAUGGUUACUCAUGAUAUUUACUGUCAGAUGUCAUCACUGUUCAAAAGGUAAGCACAUUUAGAAUUCUGUUCUCAACAUUUAACUGAUAAAUGUUACUUCCACAAAAUAUGUGAAUUUGCUGCUUCUGAGAGGCAAUGUGAAAGAGGAAGUAUUACUUUUAUGUACAAAGUUAUUUAUUUAUAGAAAUUUUGGUACAAUGUACAUUGAAAACCAUGUAAAAUAUUGAAGUGUCUAACAAAUGGCAUUGAAGUGUCUUUAAUAAAGGUUCAUUUAUAAAUGU